AUGAUACGUGUCCAUUUCUUUCUUCACAAUAGCGAUGAUAUCGAACAUGAUGAUCAAUAUGGCGACGAAGCAUUUGACAAUAAUCAAUAUGAUGAAGACGAUUUCUAUCAUUCGGAUGAUCAAUACAUCGGAAGAAUUCAAUUAUCUGAUUAUGCGAGUGAAGGUACAAAUCAAACUGAUUCUGAAGAGGAAUCAUUCAAUAGCAAUAUUGUUGACUCGCCGGGUGGGAAAACCAAGUUGUGGAAACCUAUUGUUCCUAAAAAAGGUGCUACUUAUCAAUCAUUAGAGGAGGUGGUUGAAAUGUAUAGAUUAUAUGUAGAUAGAGUAGAUUUUGGUGUCAGGUUAAAUACAGUAAUGAGGUUUGGUGACAAAACCAUUAAAAAAGGGUAUGUAGUGUGCAACAAAAUGGCCAUUGAUAACCACAAACGUUCAAUAAACAUUGGAGCAGGUUUGUUAAGCAACGAGUCAAUAGAAUCUUAUCGUUGGUUGCUCGAAGCUUUUUUGAAAGCACAUGGAAAACACCCUCAAUUAGUGUUAACAGACCAAGAUCCAACAAUUCUACAGGCCGUUGAAGCAAUAUUUCCUAGUUCUAAUCACCGUUUAUGUAUGUGGCACAUUAUGAAAAAAGUACAAGCUAAGGUUGAACUAAAGUUGCCUGAAAAAGAAGUUAAAUGUUCAUGCAAUCACUUCAUACGUACUGGCAUUUUGUGUCGUCAUAUUUUUGCUGUAUUGAAAAACAACCAUGUUGAAGAGAUUCCAGAGCAGUAUAUUAUCAGAAGAUGGAGAAGGGAUGCAAUUUCCAGCCAUUUGCUUGCCAUGAAACAUGCAGCAAUGGAGUUUGGCAGUUCAAACCAAACAUCAUCUGAUAAUUAUGAAGAAGAAAUUAUUCGGAUGCUUGGAAUACGCAACAUUCCUGAUGAAAUAAAUAUCCACCCACCUUCAUCUAUACAUACCAAAGGUAGUGGAACUAAGAAAAGAAUGGUUAGUGUUGUUGAGAAAGCUGUUGUAGCUGCAAAGAAAAAAACCAGAAUUUGCACAGGUUGUAAUCAAUAUGUUAACCAUAAUUGGAGGACUUGCAAAGUCAGACUUGCACGAGAGUCAAAACAACCUUAA